GUGUUUAUGGAAAGGAUCCUGUUGGCACUGAAUUCCAUCAAGGUGACACAGCAGACUCACUCCGAGUACUUUAGCUUGCUGCUCAGAAACACCGAAGAUGCCCCACUUGAUCCAGAGGGCCUGCCGGACUUGCCUUUUUCUACAGUACAGGACUUCGUGCACUUCGACAAAGAGCUGGAGGUUGACAAGAGAGCAAGACUUCGUAUGAGACAACACAUGUUAGUUCAAGGAGGUGAUACACCUAAAGAACGGACCACCCGAAUUUUGAGAAGUAUACUAUCUUCAAGUGUCGCAGCCGAGUACAGCUGGUGUGGCGCCAAGGGAAAACACAAGUUUUCUGAUCUCAACAUCUGCAAGCUCCUGUGUAGCACCCUCACCUACCGUCAAAACUUGGAAGAAGCCAAGGCAACUAAGAAGGACAUAGAAAAAGCAGGCAUGUCGUGGCUCCGUCAUGCUGCUGAGCGGGCAGCGGCAGAAAAAAAGUCCAUGGGAAGGAAGGACGGCACACCAUUUACACUAGACUAAGAGAUCACUUCAACAGGGCAGCCCUUUGAAAGGAACUAUGCAAGUCUGUUUCUUAACGUUUUGCACUACAAUUUGCAACAGCGGUGCCCGCAGGGAGUGUGGUAAUGUAUCUGGAGAGCUACAUUUUCAAAGAAACAACUUAAUUGAGUAAAAGUUUAAAAGUCUGAAUGCUUUUCUCUACAUAUGGUGUUUGCUUGCUUAUGGCACACAUCUGAUUGUUGCAACAGCUGAUAAACUGCAGCAGCAGUUCACAAAUAAAAUACUCGCAUAGCAUUUUUGGUUUGGAAAGACCGUCUGCUUUGACCGAGGGGGCCGUAUGUCGGCUGUUUCACCAGCCAGACUUGUGACGUUAGGCGAAUGCUGCAGAUAAGGAGAAGACAUUCCUAUUUUUUAACUUUCUUCUCAGGUAAAGCCAUUCAUUGAAAUUUGGAUGGAAAAUUUCACCACCUACGGAUACCAGUGUCGUAAAUUGUAGCACAGUACAUUAAGACAACAAUUUAUACAGUUCCUUUGA